AUGGUGGAUGAGAAAGUGAUAGUUAAUGAAGUCGAGACAAGAGACUCUUAUAGAGCUGUGUACGUGAUCCACUUCUUGUUGGGUGCUGGUAGUUUAAUACCAUGGAACGCUUUGAUCACAGCCGUUGAUUACUUUGGCUACUUGUAUCCGACAAGCAUGUAUUAUCACUACAGUCCUAAGGACAGACAGAUUACAACUAAAGCUUCGUUUCCACAGAUUCCGCAGGGGCUGCGAACCAGUGCCCAUUGUUAUUUCAUAGUGAGCUCGACCAUCCUACUCUUCUGCGUCCUUUGUUGUAACGUGCUAUACAAGUUACCAGUGAGGCAACAACACCUUAAGUUUCAACAACUUUUGUGUUCGAAUCUAACAAUAUGGAUGGCUGGGAGGAAGAUCAAGUGGCCACCAGCCUCGGGUAUCCUAAUAAUAUAUACUGUUACUUAAUCGAUAUUUCACAGGUUUAUAGCUGAGAAUUUUGAAGUUCAACAACUCCUUCGGAGUUGGUAUCCUAUUUUUCUCAUCACAGUGUACAACAUCUCGGAUUUGGUUGGCAAGUCACUCAUUGCAUUCUAUCUAUUGCAGAGUAUAAAAUCUGCUACCUGGGCUUGUGUUGUUAGGUUUCUCUUUUAUCCUCUCUUUUCUGUGCGUUUACGUAGACGGUAUUGACUUAUAUUGGUGCCCGUGGUUGUUCUGACCUUCAUGCUAGGCCUCACAUGUUUAACUAAAUGA